ACACCCUUUUCGUUUAUAACUCUCUCGGGUUGCCAUCUGUCCUUACUAUUUGAGUCCCUGUUGUCUCAUUGGCGGCUUUCUGAGCAGCUGCAAAAUGUUUUUAACUUUGAGUGGAAGUUGGGGUCACCACUACCGGACUGGAACAGUCUCUCUCAGCAGGGCUUUAUCAGGACGGUUCUGUAGUUUCACGGCCUCUGGCCGGUGGGCGAUCGGGACUGAGACUGGUGAGGAUUUCACUCGAGCUCAGGGGGCGGCGACGACAACGCCCGCCGGGAGGAGUAUGCUGCGAGGCAAGUCCCGGCUCAACGUGGAGUGGCUGGGCUACUCGCCCGGCCUGCUCCUCCAGAACAAGCCGCUCCUGGCAGGGCGCACGCCGCGAAACCUUCGUGGAAGCGAAAGUUCUUUAGCGUCUACUCUGAAGACUCUUUUGUUCUUCACAGCUUUAAUGAUCACAGUUCCUAUUGGAUUAUAUUUCACAACUAAAUCUUAUAUAUUUGAAGGUAUCCUCGGAAUGUCGAAUAGAGAUAGUUACUUUUAUGCUGCGAUUGUUGCUGUGGUUGCGGUUCAUGUGGUACUGGCUCUCUUUGUGUAUGUAGCGUGGAAUGAAGGCUCACGGCAGUGGCGUGAAGGAAAGCAAGAUUAAAGUGAACAUCACCUUUUGAUGGAAUUGAAUUGAUUUUUUAAUAUGGUAAAUGUUUUUGGGACAUUGGUGAUGAGUAAAUUUUAUUUGAAUAAAGUUGAAAGAACAUGUUAAAAUCAAACUUAAUGAGUCACAUUUGACCACGUGUAAAUUUUGACUCAUCUAAUAUAAUGUUUUGUAUAAGUGGAUUUAACUUCAUGAAUUUCCCAUUGGCAAAGGAGAAAUUGGAAAAGUUAAAUUGUUACAAAUUAAUGUGAGUUUCACAUUAUCCUGGGAAGAGUUUGAUUAUCUGACAACCAAAAAAGUUUUAUAGCUUUCAAUCUUAAAAGUUGCUUUUCAGUUAUACUGUACAUAUAUUAAGAUGUAUAUAAUGAAGCAAGCCUAAACUUUGACACUGGAGCAUUUUCCUAACUUAUCAUGAAAAUACCAGGUCCUUGGAUUUGGGAUUUUAAUUUCCUGUGGAAAAGUGCUUAAAUUUUGGACACUACAAUUAAUCUGAAUGUCACUGAGAAAUUUCACAAAAAGUGUAAUUCCUAGUCAGAACAAAUCUCUCCGGAAAACUAGGAUAAGCCACACCCAUUCAUACAAAAGGACUUUGGUUUAUUGUGGGAUCUAGAGAACAAAGACAAGAGCUGCCUGCCAGUUGUAUGCUUUUUCAGACCAACUAUUUAUGUUCUGCUUUACCCCCUGGUUCAACAUCUAAGUUAGGCUUCAUUACAAAGUUUGUGGACAUUUUAUUUAAAAUUGUAAUUCUUACUUUUUCUUAAAUUAUAGUGUAUAUGAAUUUACAUUUCAUAAACUAUUCAUAUUUCCAUACAUUGACAGUGUAAACAAUUCUGAAAACAUUUUUAUCACUUUGAAGCAUUCUAGGCAUAUCUUGAUCUAAUGGUCUUUUUAAUCAGACCUUAGUUCAUGCAAUAUAUAGACACAUAGUUAAUCCACAAGUUCCUU